CGUCGUUCAUGCAACCGCCAUAUUGUUUUAAAAGUCAAGCAUCGAAAUCUUUUAUUCCACAUAACAGAUAUUUGCUAAAUUAGAUUAAUUCGAUAGAGAACUAGUAUUUCAUAAUAUUCAAAUAUUCAUAAUGGAUUCCCUCGUUGGCUAUGAAAGUGAUGACGAUAAUGAAUCUGAACGAUAUGGACAACAACCAUCGGUGGUGAGUGGGUGUCGUCGGAAAGAAGAUGACACAAACUAUGAUCCGGUGAACAUGGAUCUAAGUGAGGAAUCCCAAGGCGGUGAAUCGGAGCCUGAGCUGCCACAAGCCGAGCCGCGGAGUUCGCGGCACGUGUCUAAAGAGGAUCGGCGAAGCUCUAAUGACAGCCGUGACCAUGAACGCGCCCGUGAUGGCUGCAGAGAUCGCGAUCGCGACCGUGACCGUCACCGCGACCGUGACCGUGACCGUGACCACGACCGCGACGAGCGGCGGGACAAGCGGCGUGACUCGCCGCGCAGGGACAGGGACCGCCGAUCACCGCGCAGGGACGACCGACACAGAGCAGAACGUAGCGAUCGCAACCGGGAACCGCCGCGUCGCGGCCUGCUCGGGGACAGACCGGACGAUAGAAGACCUUCCGUUGAUGGCAAGAUGCCCGCCCUUAUGGAUUUGAAGCCAUUCGGCGGAGAGGUUCCGCCGAUAGCGCUGAAGUCGCAAGAUGCAAGAGAUGCUGUGUCGCCUAGGUUUGUUGACCGGGAUCGCCGCGACCGUGACCGCGAACGGGACCGCGACCAGGACCGUAACCGCGACCGCGACCGUGACCGCGAAAGUGUCCGUGACCACGACCGCGAUCGUGAAAGGGAUCGCGACAACAGACCCAACAGGCGCUCUGAAGAUAGAAGGUCAUCCGGUCGCGAGAGAGGCAACGAAAGGUCCAGAUCACGCGGUCACGCCUAUCCGCCGCCGCACACCUUGACAAAUGACAGAGAGAAAAGAUCGCCCACAUCGGGAGAAUACAGACCGUCCUCAUACAAGGUUAAUAAGAAAUUGGAGGUUAUGGAAAAAAUGGGUCUUCAAAUAAAGACACCGGACGGGUCUAUGGCGACGGCGCAGCAGCUGCGCGCGGCGGCCGGCGAGAACUCGUCCGGUUUGCCCAACUACUGUUCGGGCUCUUUACACGCUUCCAAGAUACUUGACCAGGUGCAGAAGCGUAAGCUGCUGUGGGCGAACAAGGGCAAGCCGGCGGAGGAGGAGGCGGCCAAGUGGAGCGGCGCGCGGUUCGCGCAGGACAACGACGGGAAGCAAGUGUCCAAGUUCAUGCGCCUCAUGGGCAUCCGGGAUCCCGAUGCCGUGAAGGGCCCGGCGGCGGAGGGCGCGGACCCCAACCAGAAGCAGGAGGAGCUGUUCCGCGCGAUGCAGGCGCAGUACGAGGUGGCUCGCGCCGCCACGCACACCAUGCGCGGCGUCGGCCUUGGCUUCCAGCGGGGGCAGUUCUGAGCCCACCACUCGGCUGUGGAGGAGCUCGCCGGAAGAUGGGGUCAAUUAUUGUAAGAAAUCUAGUUUGUGAGGAAAUACGCUACGGACGCCGUGUUGGAAACUGGAUAGUGUACUAAUCGGAGUCUUAUAUUGAGAAAAUAGAAGCUGUGGAUGAUAUGGAAGACGGAUAGUGGAUAAGGAUUUAUUUAUGGGAGAUGAAGCCAAAGGGCAGUAGAAGAUCUAAAAAGAGGCGAAAUUCUUUUGAAAUUCGUAUCGUUUCUGUAUUUGAUAAUGAAGAGCUAGAGGAAUUUGGCAGCAGCCUUCACUUGAAUGUACAAUAUAUAUUUCUAAGAUGUAUGGCCACAUCUCAUACUCGAAAAGGUAAAGACAAAGAGAAUAUCUCUUAUGUACGAGAAAAUUGUGGCCUUGAGUUGGGGGAUGCAAUGUUAUGAAGAGAAGCUUUAAGAGGAUGGUUAAAAACAGUUGCAUCUAGAAUUCUCCAUUUGAUAAUCGUUGAGUUAUGUAGUCAAUUGCACUUCCAUUUUUUUGUUAAAUAUUAGACAUUUUGUGUUGACGCAAUAUGAUAAUAAUCAUAUCAACUGUGCAGUGUUUAGUGUUGGUUAUAAUAUAAUAUGUAGUAGAGAAAGGAUGUGUAGAGAAAGGAUUUCUACAAUUUACUUCUUACUUUACAUGUAUUUGUAUAAUUUAUAUCUUCUCUCAGCUUUAUUCAUGGCAAGUAUGAGGCAAGAGAUUUAAAAAUGAAAGGGUUUGUAAACUAAACUAUUCUUAAAUCUUGUAAAUAUUUAUUUUUAGGGCAUUAUAAUGCUUUCAAUUGUAACAAUGCUUAGAAUAAAGAUAUUGUAGUGACUACCAGAAUAAAUUAAAAAUAUGUAAAAAAUGUUACAGUAAUUCCUGGAAUGUUGAUUUUGUAUUUAGUUAUUAUUUGGAGUUAUUGCAGUGGAAAUUUAAGUUUUCAUGAAAUGUUUUAUAAAUAAUAGUUUUUUUUUCCAUCUAUAUGAAUACAGUAAUGAAGCUAUAGGGGCUGUGUGAUAAAAUUAAUAAAUUUAAAAGUAGUAAACAUUGUGCUUAUUAAUUAUAAUUAACUUAAGUCUAGUAUAAGAGUUGUUUUGUAAGUGUAUGCAGUGAUUACUACUUUUUUAUUUAUCUGAAUAAAGUUAUUAUUGCCAAGCGA